GCGUCACUUUUCCUCACAGGUGCCGUGAACGAAAUGCGCUCAGGUCGGUUUCUUUGACUGGUAAAGUGAGCGAACCGAACUUUAAAUGGUGCUCGGCCGCGUGUGACGUUCACGUACAGGUGGUUUAGGUGCGAAGGUGCCAAAGAAAGAUGUUCUUGUUUCUGUUCGUUUUCCUUCAACUGCUGGGCGGCGGACAUCUGGUCUGUUUGCGGAAACUACUCUCCGAACAUGAAGAGACAGAAGUGUUUGUUGACGAAGGGGACGCGAACUCGUUCCUGGGUCGCCACCUGCUGUUCAAUCGCUUCGACUUCGAGAUGUUCACUCCUGGAAACCUGGAGAGAGAAUGUUAUGAAGAGGUCUGCAACUACGAGGAGGCAAGGGAGGUCUUUGAAAACAUCCCUCAAACUGAUGAUUUUUGGAAGAAAUACACAGAAGAUCACGCUAAUGGCUCGUCUCGGGUCGAUGUGACGGCUCUUUUGGUGGGAAUCAUUUCUGCUGUUGUGGCUGUUUUGAUCAUUGCCAUCAUGAUCUGGUAUUUCUGUCAAGGCAAAUACAAGAGCAACUUUAGUCGUGGAAGUUCCAUUCAGGGGCGUCCCAGAAGGAGCAACGCUUCUCUAAUAAUGCAAAGGUUAGAAGAGGUCUCCAGACAGCCUGUGCUUCCUUCGGCAUCUCCCCCUCCUCUGGAGGAAGUACCCCCCCCUGGUCUACCUUCAUAUUUUGAGGCAAUCUCAGGAAACGGACCGCAUGACGCACCGCCUCCUCCUUAUCCUGGCUCAAGACCUGGGAGUGUUCGGAUAUAGGAUCUUCAGACAAGUCCAAAUGAAAUAGUUUUCAGCUUUAUGUUGUAUACGCUUUUAUUUUUGUUUUCCAUUUUGACAAGAUUUUGAAUGAUGCUUUUCUACAUCAAUAAUCUAACCCUGUUUCAAGAUUUUAAAUUAUUUUUUUUACAUAACAGAAGAAGGUGUUAAACUAUUUUAGAUAUCUUAAAGGAUCACUUGGAAUUAAGGAUUUUGGACCACCUUUGUAGGAUCUACUGGUUUUUUAGACUGGCGGGAGUCUUUGCCAACAGUUUUUCCUCCACAGAUUCUGAAUGAGAUUCAAAGUCUGGAGACAUCUUGAAAACUUUGGGUGUGUUUGGUUCGGCUUUGGAUGUUCUUGCCCGUUAAAUCUCUAAACCCCAUGUUCUUGGCAGGUUGUCUGUUUCCCUUUUAAAAUAUUUUCCUUUUAACCGAUUGUGCUCCUGAAACAUUUUUGUCUUCCUCUAGAAUGUAAGAUACAAAUAGGUAAGAAUCAUCAAAGUUCUAUUGAUAAUGUUUGGAUGUAAUUUUUUUUUUUUUAAUCAGUGAAAAGAGCAAUUCUUUACAAUUAAUAAUAAAAACAUCCAAGGGUUUGCAGUGAAACUUAAGCAGCUGUGGAUCUUUCAGCCCUACAGUAAACGGAAACUAGCUUUUAUCUUAAAUAUAUGGUAAUGUUUGAAGUUUUGUCUCUCCAGUUUGUGUCUUAUUUAAAACUUCUUUCUCUUUUUGUCUUAAAUACCUUGUAAUUCUGCUGGAUACACUUUGCAAUACAUUUGAUGUAGGUUGUUGUUUUUGAAUAUGUAAAAAAAACCUGAAUUUGUUUAUAGUGGGAGCUUUAGCUUGCUGUAACACUAUUUGGGCUUUACAGGUGUUUUAUAUAAGCAUAUACAGCAAAACCAAAGAUAAUGUGAAGAUUUAAUACCACAGCACAGCUGUAUUGGUUGCUGUGAU